AUGGAUAUCUACUUUAAUGGUUAGCUAAUUUAGGUGCCUGAAAACUUGACCUUCUAUUAACUAUUUUAGUAUUCUGGCCUUCCUGGGAAUAUUAGCGAGAAAUAUUGGCAACGAAAUGGUUAGACUAUGUUAGUAAAUUAAAAUUCAUUUGUAAAAGAUCUUGUCUAACCUUAUAAUUACCUAUAAAUUAUAGUAAAUUUAAAAUGUAUGUUUAGGAUAAGCAAUAAAAGACAAUAUAAACUUUCAAUUAGCAAUAAGCUAACAUUGGAAACCAGAAUUUUAUGAAUAAUAAUAAUUAAGGUAAUGUGCAAUAGAAAAGUGUGCCUUUAUAAUUUUAAAAUACCGCAACUCCCUAAUUUGUAAUACAAUAGGGGUCAUUCCAACCUCAGAUUUAAAUUAAAUAAGGUAAUUAAUAAUAAUAUGAUAUACAAUAGGCUCAUAAAACCCACAAUCGCCUUAUUACAGUAUAUAAUCUUUGAACUAAAAUUUAUCAUCUUAAAUAAUUAAUCAAAACUCAAUGUAGAAUACUCACAAUGAUGAUAUUUUCAAAACAGUAUAGGAUUCUAAUUCAAAAGAGGAAGAUAUAUUUUCAACAGAAUAUUAAUAUUCAAAUUACGAAACAGAUAGAUAGAAUUAUCUGAGAAAUAAAGGAAUUUCUCCUGGAAUUAAAUUGUAUGUAUACUAAAUAAUAUAGUUUGCAAUAACAAAAAGAUGGUUAUAAGUUUUCUUUAGAUAAUUAUGGUGAUGAUCUGAUAAUUGAAAAAUUGGAUUAAUCAUUUUAUCUAAAAUUAAACUCUUAAUUCUCCCUAUACUAAGUCAGAUAAUUUAACAUUGCUGAUAAGAAACAAAGAUUUGAGAGCAGCAUCAUAUUAGAUCUCAAUUGUACUAGGGUUUCUUGGAUACAAGAUUUGGAAAUAUUGGCUGUUCAAUUCAACACAGGGAAGAUAAUUGCCAUAUAACUAUGUAUGGAAUGAAAU